AUGCCAUCCCGCUCCAUUCUCUUCCCUCGCGCACCGCGUCUCCAACGGCUGUUCCAUACAAGUGCUGCUAGACACAAUCACUAUGAGACCUUGCAGGUUUCCCCAGAUGCAACACCAGCCGAGGUGAAGAAGUCCUUCUACAGCCUCUCCAAAACCCACCACCCCGACCGCAACCCCGACGACCCGGGAGCAAGCGAACGCUUCGUCGCCAUCUCCGACGCUUACGCAACAUUAUCUACCCCCGCUAAACGUCAAGAGUACGACCGCACCCUAGACCUGCACUCCUCUUCCCCCUCUUCCCACUCUAACGGCUCCCACUCGCAUCACCGUCCCCACGGCUCCUACCACUCCUCCGGGCCCGCAGGAGGCCGCCCAGCAAGCGGCCUCAGCAGGCGUCGCACCCAAUUUCGCGGGCCCCCACCAAGCUUCUACCGAUCCGGAGGCUGGGGUGAGCACUCUGCGAAACGAAAAGCAGCGCACGAUGCCUAUGCCGAAACGGCGACAGCGGGGGAGCCCGGCAUGGGGCCGGGGCAGAAGGCAUGGGGACACGAUGAAAUGAAUGAUGUGCCGCAUUUUGAUCGCGAGAGCCAUUAUCGGACGCACGAGAGGCAUAGUCAGAGGUGGCAGCGAAGGAAAGGGAUGGAGGAUCGGCAAGUGCCAGCGGGUGAAGUGCCUCCGAGCACGCUGGCAAACUUUUUGUUCGUAGGGGGGAUAAUUGUGGUUGGGACUUUGGUGCCGACUUUCAUUUUUGAGAGAAUGACCAGGACGGGAAAGAAUAAGAGAUGA